AUGUUGUUGUUUUCUUAUAUAUAUAUAUACAGGAGAGAAAAGGCCAGGCCGGCGGAGGAUGACGUUAUUAUAGGGAGCGGUCGCCACCAGAAAAAACGCAACCAGAGCAAACCACAGGAACAGGAGAGAAGCGAGAGGGAAGAAGAAGAAGAGAAGAAGCGAAGAAGCGUAGAAGAAGAAGAAGAAGAACAAGGCUCAGGCGGAAGACGGGUUGAGGGUUCAGGAACAGGCGAGCGAGACAAAGGGGCGGUACGUACGGGGAGGAUGGCGCUUAGCGGACAGCGACGGCGAGGUCAAGCCGGCCAGACAGAGAGAGACAAGAGAGAGAUACGAGACAGAGAUACGAGACAGAGAGCGAGUGAGAGACGAGACGAUGCUGUCACUGACAAUGUCGUCCAGUCGUUGGGUCGUGAGUCGUUGCAGUCCAGCGAAGAGGCAGACGUAGGCAGUAAAAACGCACAAGGGAUGAAGACGAGAGCGAGACGAGAACGAGACGAGAAGAACGUCGGCGACCGAAGAGAAGAAGAAGAGAAGAAGAAGCAAAGAGAGAUCGAAUUCUAUCCGUGGCUGCAGCCAGCCAGCCAGCCAGCAGAGGGAUUGGAUUAUAUAUGUACACAGCGCUCCUAUCUUACAGCUCGAGGCGAGGACAUCGUCAUACGUCUGUCCUCGAAGACGUCCUCGCCUCGCCGUGAUGUCUUCUCCUCCUCCACUCCAUUUAUAAUAUUUAUCAGCUUCCGCUCGCUUUUCGUCUCGGUCUCAGUGGGCUUAGUCAGGCCCUUGGCUGACGUCAAGAGAGCGCGAGACAGCGACGGCGAGGUCGACCGGCGAGGUCCUACCGGCGACGGUCAACGGGUGCUGUUUAAGACAGACGACUCCCGGCCAGGCGGUGGCUCUUCUGACGUCGUCGUCGUCGUCGUCGUCGUCGUUGACAGCUGGCUAGUCAGCUAG